CCGUGAGAAAGUAAGGUUAGCGCGAACGGGCCUUCAAAUAUGUAAACGCAAUGUUAUUGGUCGUUUGUCAGUAGAGCCGUAAAAUCAUUGGCUGCGACAGCUCAAAAAGUAAGCGGUGCGGUUUUAUUGUCCUUCCCAUAAGGCACUUUGAGCAUCAGCUGCGAUUCACUUUAAAAAUAAAUGCUGGUGUAAGUCGCCUCGUGGCAAGCGCUGUGAUACCAGUCGACAUAAGGCACGGGAAAAGAUUAACCUUGAAAAUAAUAGUUACGAAAGAAAGAACAUGUCAUUCCAUGAAACGCCGAGCCCAAACAGCCAGGAGGUUGUCGAUAUAACCACCACCCACUAUCAAGGACCGGACUUCACACUGACUCAUUACCCCAGACAAGGUAAGCUGUAAUUCUUCGUUCGCUUUGAAGACAGGAGACGCAGAGCCGCUUACUGUUAAUGUUGUCCUGUUUAGGAUUCGGUGUCAACAGCGGUCGAAUACUUAGCAUUGAAACUGUAACUACCAUCAGGGUCCAAGCCAGUAACGGAGAAAUAUUCACCAUUAUUCGGAGCGAAAACGGAGGUAAGCAUGUAUACUGAAAAAUUAACUAGGCGGUUGCCAGUCAAAAGUUAAACAAUACAGAAGAGCUAGCCUAGUUGUGUACCAAUUUUACUCUUGACAAUAACAAUCAAAACCAAAGUUAAAAACGAAGCGGGCUAUUUGUUCUUCCCAACUAAAAUUUCACGGACAUGUCCAUUAUUCUCAUGGAACGAUGCCCAAGUCUUGUGAUACGCUAUGAUCCUUGAAUUAAUACAUUUUGGUACAAUAAUAUCAUUUCAUUCAAAGCAUGUGUAGGCGAAAGUGUAGCUCCUAACUGUUCAAAUAGCAAUAGCAAUAAAACAAUAGCAUCUACUAAAACCUGUUACAUGCGAACUAACGGUUUAAAGAAAGCGUUAACUGUAACACUCGUGUUUGAGAUCAUUCAUGUUUUUUCCCUUUUAGUGUAUAGCACAAACAACAGAAGAACUCAAGUAAGACGACGACGUUGAAAAGGUAAAAGCCCAGCAUCCUUAUAAUUUUCUUGCUUUCUUACGCCAUGAGGUUGGAAGGUAUGCAUCGAUGGCAUUAAUCAAAGACAGUAAUUACUAAUGUAACAGUGUCAAAUUGCUUUAUAAACAUCACUGACAUACUCACAGAGCAACAACCACGUACUAUUGGAUAACUGUCACCGAUUACUGCACAGGAAUUUCGCCAGUGGCCUCAUAUCUCAGAAUAACCUUAGCAUGGUCACACUUCAGAAUUUCAUCCACGUUGUACAGCAUUAUUAACAGCACUAGAGGAACGGGAACGUUCUUCUCAAUAGCAAUGGAUAUACUUUAGAAAAUAGUCAAUAAUAGGGAAACAUGACUUGUAUAUCUGGUUACGAUGAUGUGAGUUAUGAUCCGGGUAAGGCGGGCGGAAAGCAAUUUCGUUUGUAAUUGGGCAAUACGCUUUCCUCAUAUAGGAAUGUUUACAUUUUUACACAGAGAAUGCAUAAACCUACGAAAGAGUUUACGAAAUAAAACGUACUUAAACUCCAUCUUGAAAGGGCGUUUCCUUGUGUUUAAAUAUUUCGACCAGUCAUAUGAGUUGCAAAAAAUAGCCAAGAAAAGGUUACAGUUUCACUUGUUCCUCGCAUAGGAUUUCUGUAAUAUUUAGACUCACACGAGAUUUUUUUGUAAAGAAGUUGCUUGAAAAAGUAAGGAUUAAUAUACAGGCUGCUUCGCGAAUGCUUCGAAAAUUUUGGUUUUAAAACCAAUCAGAAGUAUAGUACAGAUAAUAGUUAUCACCUUUUCCACAUGUUCCUUGCCGUUUUUUCCUAUCUUCUUAUUUGGACCAUUUCUUAAAGUGUAUGCAUUUGCAACCUAAAACUUCUACAAUUCAUAUUUGGCGAGAGAAAAACUUUGUAUUUUUUUAUUAUCUUAUUUCAGGAUUUCCAGGAGACUCUGAAACACUGGACCUUUGUAGACAAGACUGGUAGAAUACUUGCAUUCAAAUGUAAUAAACUGUCCACUUUAUCUAAAAACACCUAUGAGCUGUAGGUUUCUUAAUACAAUUCCAGCGACUAACAAUAAUUUUAUGCCUAACUAUGGUUUCAGCGC